GCUUGCGGACCUGGAGUUAAUAUCAGUGGGGCAUCAAGUGGAUUUGUAGCAAGCCCCAAUUUUCCAAACAACAUUGGUCCUUCACAAAUAUGUGUUUGGACUAUCACAGUUCCCAGUGGACGAAUCAAGUUGUCUUUUUUGAAUUUUACUUUGGAGCAAGGUCAGACUACUGAUUGUACAAGACCACCAGGUGGUGCCUUUGUUGAAAUCACAAACAUUGCAUCAAAUGAUGGUCGCAACCCCUUUAGGCUGUGUGGCCAAAACAUUCCUGAUCCAGUGUACUCUGAUACCAAUUCCAUUCAGAUUAUCUUGAAGACAGCCUCCAAUGCACUUCCAGGAUUCAAUGCUUCAUAUGAGACAGUUACUGAUGAAAUGUGUAAGUGCUUUUGGGUUUUCUGAUGGGCUUCCAUAAUAUUCUUUCCUUUAGUAAAAGAUUCUUAAAAAUAAUCCAUGUUUUAUGAAUCUUUGUUUGACUAUGCCAUUUUCUAUUAAUCUAUGUGUUGUUUAUAUAUGUUUUACAAAUCCAUGUUUUGUCAAUCCAGUCCAUGUUUAACUAUAAUGCACCAGUCCAGUCCAUAUGUUAUCAUAAACCAAGGAAUUGCUAAACUGCUCAGUGGUUAUCCUAUUUACACCUGGGGAGGUAUCUUUGAAGCUCCCCGCUUGCUAGAAAGUUGAAUAACUUCAAAGCUGUUUAAGCUAUGACCACCAAACGAAGCGACUUUUCCUAAAAAUUAUCUGGGAAAAUUUGAAAGCCGUGAUUACGUAUACGUUAACAUUGACGUUACCAUAGCAACCGAGUUUUGACAGCCAUGUUUUUAAAAAUUUUGUUUUUCCCAAUAAAAAAGGACUUACAGUCAAACUCAGCUAAAUACGGAUACUGAGGGAGCCAUAAAAAGUUUCCGUAUUCUGAAGCGGGUUGAAAUUAAAGAAAAUGUAAGGGCUUUAGGCCCAGGGACAAAGCAAACUGUCUGUGACAAUGAGGUGUCUGUAUUGGGCGAGGUUUGACUAUAUUUCCAUUUUUACUUAUUGAAUUAUAGCAUUACACCAUUUGUAUCAAUACUUUAUCAAAUUUAUCAUAACGAACUGUUGAUGUAAUCCAGGCUUUUAGACACUGAUUUGAGAAAAAAAGGAAAAUGUAUUUUAAAAAAUGACUACUGGACAUGGCAGAUGUGUUAGAGCCUGUUUACAUGGAGGUAGGUGAGGUAACCCGCUUAGGUGGGGUAGCCCGCCUCUCCAUAUAAUCUCUCAUAUGGUCACCCCACCUACCAUGUAAAUGUAAUCAAAUUAAAAUGAGAAAUUAUAAGGACAGGCGGGUUACCCCACCUAAGCAGGUUACCCCACCUACCUGGGGUCCCCCAACUCCAUGUAAUGGCCCUUAAUUCUAUUUUUCGAGUGAGUUGCACCAAAAAUAUGGUACGUUACUACGUUAAUAUUCAACUGAAAACUAAAGAACACUUUUAAAUUUUGUUUCUUAGUGUGCCCAAGUGGAAUAAACUUGACAGACAUGUCAGGAGUUAUCACAAGUCCAUUCUAUCCCAGGAAGUAUCCCGUUAACCAGGACUGUUUCUGGGAAAUCUCUGCCAGUAAAGGCAAUUUUGUGAAACUAGAUAUUACAGACAUGGAAAUUCAUCGUUGUGGUGAAGAGGGAGCCUGUGCGUGUGAUUAUUUGGAAAUUCUUGACGGCUUUCUGGGCUCUGGUCUAACACCAGGUACUGCAAGUGGGAAGUUAUGUGUUGAUGACAGGUUCACUCGACAGUUUUAUUAUUCAACCAAUGAACGUCUGAGGGUGAGGUUUUCCUCUGACGCUUUACUUGAAAAACAGCAAAGAGGAUUUACAGCAACUUACACCAUGCUGAACUAUACCCCACCAGGUAGGUGAAUGUAAUUACAUUGUAUGUAAAUAUGGUGGAACCCUUUAAUACGGCUGGCAUGAUAACUUAUCUACAUAUACAACAUACACACACAUAUAUCUAACUGGAUUUUUGAGAACGUUACCGCCAAAUGGACGUUCGACAGUUUUUAUCUCCAAAGUAGCUAUUAUGAAAACUAAGAGUGCAACCAUUGCUUUUUUCUCUUCUACUCCUUUCCUCCUUCUCGCUCUUUCUUUUUCUCCUUUUCUUUCCAAUCGUUAGUGUGAUUUUGGAGCUUACAGGGCCCAAGAAGAAUGUGCUUAAUAAUGAGUUACUAAAUAUUGAUGUUAGGGUAAGAUGCAGUGAGCUCUCAGUUAAUAUCAGAAAGACAUAUUAUGUUACCUUUAAUUAAUUUAGUACGAGUCAGAGGAAACUCAAUCACAGUUUUUCUCUCUCUUUUGGAGGUCAACCUCUAAUUCAAAGCAAUGCACCUAAAUUUCUUGGGGUGUACCUAGACGAACAUCUUACUUGGAAAUAUCACAUAAACUUUGUCUGUAAACAGAUCGCUAAAUCAAUCGGUAUUUUAUCCAGGACGCGUUUCUACUUAUCUUGUAAGACCAAACUCAUGCUGUACUACACAUUGAUUUAUCCUUAUAUUAAUUAUUUUAACUCCACGUGGUUGUCUACUUACGUAUCUAAUUUAAACAGAAUUUACUAUCUACCAAAGCGGGCUGUGCGAGCUUGAGCUAUUACAAAUUCAAACUAUCGAGCACAUCACACUGCUCCUCUAUUCUUCAAUUUGGAAAUUCUAGUUUUUUCCAAGUCACUACGCUCAAUACUGCUAAAUUUAUGUUCGCUACCACAAUAAUCUGCUGCCUUCACCCUAAUAAAUGAUGAUGAUUUGACUUAAGAAACCUGCCUUUUGACGCCUUUUCAAUCAAAUGACUACACAUUUCCUUAGGUUGAUGGUUUUCAAAAAAUCGGCUAGACACACAUACAGAACCUUUUUUCACCUCAAGUUUUAGAGUAGCUAAUAUCUUCGAGAAAUUAUUAUAUUUUCGAGAUAUCAGUUAAGUAUUUGGCCGCAUUAACCAUUUACCCUAGGAGAGGGGUUGGAUCAUAUUUCGUGCAGUCAUGUAGCAGCUGCUUGGAAGGGAAGUCACCAAUGGUGCCUAUCCCAGACCCCAAAUAAUACUGAAACAAUUGAAAGAAUGACAUGUCAUUGUUUUCUGCGAGCAAUCAGGAGAGACCUUACAAGCAGCUCCUACACAACCAUUUCAUGGCUGGUUUUUUUUCUCGUUUUUGUUAUAGCUGUUCUGUUAAGAUGCUGACUUUGUAAGAAAAAUGACUGAAUAACACGAUAUUUUCGUCAAAGAUACUCUCAGUGAACAUCAAUAACAUCUGUUUUCACUUUCAGUCCAGAAAUUUGGUUCAAACGUCCCAUCUUCUUCCUUCUAGUCAGAAAAUGCGCCCAUGUUUUCAUACUCCUGGGACUAACCUGGCAAAAACAAGUAAACUUUUUGCUUCUAAUAUGCAUACGCAAAAAUGUCCGUUUAUCGAAUGUUCAAUAAUUGUUUAAACACCUUUUGUACAUCUUUCUGAUGUAUUAUAAUACAAACUAGAAACACUUUCCCACAUAAUUUCGAUCGGGGUUUUCAUCAAUUAAAAUAUCAAAUCAAAUGAAGAAAUUAACCAAGUUAAAAUUGAGGCAGUUUGUUCAAAUCUCUCAACCCUUUCAUACUGAUUUAGAUUCUCCCAACCCUAAAAAAAAUAUAUCUACCCCGCCACAUCUGUCAAAUUCGCUUCUCCCCUGGCACGUGAGUCAACAAGUCAAAUACCGCCCAAAGGCGGUUGCCUUCAAAGGUUGGGAGCAUUUUCUUGUCGGAAUUUCUAAAUUGAUAUUUAUAAGUAAUGGGGUAAACAGAUAAAAGAUAUACCCAGGUUGCCUGAUUCUUCUAGCCGGGAACCCGAGGUUUUUUUGCCUCUUUCCAACACUUCGCUCCGCUUUAUCCUUUUUGUCGCUGGGAGCGAGAAGACCUCUGGUAUACAGGGUAGUGGCCUUGAGAUGCUGUUCAAAUAUUUUGUGGUAAAGUAAAGGAAAAGUAUUAUUACAUCGAACAAUUUGGAAGUUGCCCAAUCAAACAAACAACCUUUUUCACCCACCCUUAUCGUUUUGGCCUCAGGGAACGUUUUCGCCGUAGUCGGUGAUAUCGAUUGUAAAUCAAUGAAGGCCAUCUGCUGUGUACAAGACCAGUCGUGUGUGAGAUCAAUUCCUUUUCUUUUGUAACGCUUAUAUUUUUUAUCAAAUGAACUUAGCAAGCAACUAGCUAGGUGAUUGAAACUGCAUGAUUUUUUGUCUUUUCAGAAUGCCCUUCCUCACCAAUCCAGUUAUCUGGUAAUGGUUCAUUCAGCAGUCUCAACUAUCCAUUAAAAAACUACCCUUCUGACAGGAAUUGCUUCUGGAUCAUCACUGCACCUCCGGAAAAACGCGUGAAAGUUAAAAUCGCAGAUUUUCAUAUGGGAAAUUGCGAUGAUUGCAGCGCUAAUAUUUGCAGCCGACUGGAGUUUUACGAUGGUCCUACAGCGGAUUCACCGUCCUUGGGUCGACUUUGCACCAACUCAUUGCUAACAGCAAAGAUUUCAAGCGGUCACCAGAUGUUUGUAAAAUUUUAUUCAUCGUUCUCACCUGAUCGCGGGUUUCUAGCAGAAUACUUCGAAACUGAUGAGGUAGCACCUUCAGCACCUUCAGCAACAUCAACGACACGUCCACCACUUCCAUCAUCAACAUUAUCAUUGUCAUCACCGUCACCGUCACCAUCUCCAUCACCGUCACCAUCACCAUCACCAUCACCAUCAUCAUCAUCAUCAUCAUCACCAUUAUCAUCACCAUCAUCAUCACCGUCACCGUCACCGUCACCGACAACGCCAGAAAUUGGUAAAUACUCAGUACAGUUAGUAUAAACUUGACUAAUUAUACAGUCAAACCCUGCUUUACAGACACUCACUUAAUACGGACACCUCAUUAUUAUGCAUAGUUUGCUUUGUCCCUGGGAAAAGAAAGCCCUUACAUUUUCUCUUAAUUCAACCCGCUUAAUACAGACACCCCGUUAAUACGGCCGGACACUUUUUUAUGGCCCCCGCUUUGUUUGAAUUAACAUGAUUUGACUGUAAUUCAUAAUAGUAUAAAGACUAUGAUCAAUCAGAUCCCUCUUUACGCGGGCAAGCGCAUUCAAACGGAACUCAUCCCUCGCGCCGCAAUCUUUGCACAUCUGAAAAACUUGACUACUUGCAAUGUUUCCAUCCUAAUGAACAAGAAACCCCAACUGGUAAUUAACUAAAGGUUGUUUACCAUUUACAAUACAAACCGUUUCCAGAAAGUCCGGUUGGAAAGUAAAUGGAACAUAACUUUGUUGGUCGUUCUAGCGGAAAAUUUUCAGGAGCGAGGCGGAUCAUCUCAAAAGGUAGUCCUGUUUUUCCGAACGGAAUGUUCUACACGGAUAAUCGUCUUUCUAACCUUCAAAACCACCUUUGAUACCAGUUUUAGGCUUUAGCGGCCGUUUUACGGUAAAUGGAACUGAUUUGUGCAAAUGGUAAAGGCCAUUCCGGGAGGAAAAUUACCAAUCCCGAAUUUUGCUUACCAUUUACCCAAGCCGUGAACCAAAACCGGUUUGCCCAAUGUAAAUCACCUAAGUGUGCCACCAGGAAAACCAGUUCUGCAAAGCCAAAUCAGAAGAAGCGCCGCACUGAUAGCUCAAAAUGAGAUUUGAAAUCUGCUCAGUCGUGCAGAACCCCUAGUCUGAGACGAUGCCGACCACUCAGUGCGCACGCGUGAAACUCAGUCCACUAACAACUUUUUUUAGUAAUUUAACAGCAUUUAUUAAUUAUUAAUUUUUUAUUAAUUUUUUGAAUACAAAAAAUCUUUAAAUUACCGGCUUUAAAAACACUUCAAAACUACAAAACACAAAGUAUUCAAACUAAUUUCGAUGUAAUUAUUUAAAUUAAAACCACAAAAAAAUACAGAUUAACAUAGAAACAUUCAUAAUGCCAUCAAAAAGAAAACAGGAAAGAAAGAAAGAAAAGGCGAAACCUUUAUAUCUAAAAAAAAAUUUUUUUUCUACGAAAGGGUCUUCACAAUCAGAAUUCACUUGGGUUGAGACAUGGUCUUUUUUUGAAUUCCCCAUCAAGUUUGUUGAGGCACAGCAGAUCAGUCUAGUUUGACUUAUCCUGCUGUUGUUUUAAGCCUUAGAUAAGCUGUUUGUUAUUUUUAUAUCAUGAUGAGACGAUGAUCUAAAUGAAUUUUUUUUCGCAUUGUGAGUAGCAAUUUUUUGCUUCUUUCUAUUUACAGUUGCGUGUGAGCGAAAAGUCAUCCUAAUAUCGUAAGCGUGUUAAAUUCAAAACUCUCCCGGCCCUUUUUAAAUUUCUAUUCAUUCAUUUAAAGGUGAAUAAGUAGAAUCCAUGCUGAAUAACAUUGAUAGACGAAUUUAUUGAUUGGUUGAUUUUUACAGUUAAUGAAUUCAAGUGCUACGAUUGUAACGAAGAAAGUGGUGAAAAGUGCACCGAGACGCAAAGCGUGGUCAACUGCCGCAUUGACAACACGACAGCAAUGACCUGCUGGAGGGGAUAUUUCGAGAAGGAGAGCGGAAAAAAUCGAGAAAUGAGAGGAUGCAUGAAAGGAAACGACUGCGAAGAAGAUAGGAAAAGGUGCGAAGCAGGCCACAACCUGGCCAAUUUGCAAACGGCAGGGGAUGAUAAGGUUAAGAAAUGUUCCAUCGUUUGCUGCGUCAGUAAUGAAGACACGCCAUGCAAUGGAGUCUUUACUGUCUCUGCGGACAUGAUAACAGUGAUAAUUUUUAUAGGAAUUCUUGUAACUUUCAAUGUGCUCUAA